GGAGGAGGAAGAGGAGGAGGAGAAGAAGGAGGAGGAAGAGGGGGAGGUGGGACACCAUGUCGGAGGAGCAGGAUCUGUCGGAGGUGGAGAUGAGCCCGGCGGGCUCCGAAGAUCAUCACCGCCUGUCCCCCGGGGGCGGUCCUCCUUCCCUGGGGCCGGACAAGCAGGGGCUCCGCGCUAGCCCCGGGGCCGGCGAGCUGGGCAAGCUGAAGAAGGAGCAGCAACCGCAGCCCCAGCAGGCCCAGCAGCAGCAGGCCCAGCAACAGCAGGCCCAGCAGCAGGCCCAGCAGCAGGCCGACUCCGAGCCGGACGACGACAAGUUCCCCGUGUGCAUCCGGGAGGCGGUCAGCCAGGUGCUGAGCGGCUACGACUGGACCCUGGUGCCCAUGCCCGUGAGGGUCAACGGGUCCAGCAAGAGCAAGCCGCACGUCAAGCGGCCCAUGAACGCCUUCAUGGUGUGGGCGCAGGCGGCGCGCAGGAAGCUGGCCGACCAGUACCCGCACCUGCACAACGCCGAGCUCAGCAAGACGUUGGGCAAGCUCUGGAGGUUGCUGAACGAGAGCGACAAGCGGCCGUUCAUCGAGGAGGCCGAACGGCUGAGGAUGCAGCACAAGAAGGACCAUCCGGACUACAAGUAUCAGCCCCGGCGCCGGAAAAAUGGGAAGGCCGCCCAGGGCGAGGGGGAGGGGCCGGGAGAGGGGGAGCCGGGCGGGGCCGCCGCCAUCCAGGCCCACUACAAGAGCGCCCACCUGGACCACCGGCAUCCCGGCGAGGGCUCCCCCAUGUCCGACGGGAACCCCGAGCAUCCGUCGGGUCAGAGCCACGGCCCCCCGACCCCGCCGACCACCCCGAAGACGGAGCUGCAGUCGGGGAAGGCCGAGUCCAAACGGGACGGGCGCUCCCUGGGGGAGGGAGGGAAGCCUCACAUCGACUUCGGCAACGUGGACAUCGGCGAGAUCAGCCACGAGGUCAUGUCCAACAUGGAGACUUUCGACGUCAACGAGUUCGAUCAGUACCUGCCCCCCAACGGACACGCCGGCCACCCGGGCCACGUCGGGGGCUACGCGGCGGCCGGCUACGGGCUGGGCGGCGCCUUGGCCGUGGCCAGCGGACACUCGGCCUGGAUCUCCAAGCAGCACGGGGUCUCCCUGCCCUCCGCCUCCCCCGGAGCGGACCCCAAGGCCCAGGUGAAGACGGAGGGCUCCGGCCAGGCCCCCCACUACCCCGAGCAGCCGUCCACCUCGCAGAUCGCCUACACCUCCCUGAGCCUGCCCCACUACGGCUCCGCUUUCCCCUCCAUCUCCCGCCCCCAGUUCGACUACUCAGACCACCAGCCCUCGGGACCCUACUACGGCCACUCGGGCCAGCCCUCUAGCCUCUACUCGGCCUUCUCCUACAUGGGGCCCUCGCAGAGGCCCCUGUACACUGCCAUCUCCGACCCCAGCCCCUCGGGGCCCCAGGCCCACAGCCCCACACACUGGGAGCAGCCCGUGUACACGACCCUGUCCCGCCCCUAGACGGGCUCCUCUCCCACCUCCAGCCGCCCCCCGAACCGGGCCCCCCCCCGCCCCGGGGAGGAGCUCCCGGGGGCCGGAGCCUUCCGCCUCCGGCGGACGGGACCCACCGGAUCUCCCUCCCGGAGGGGAGGCCCUCUGGCCCCCACAGCCCCCACUCCAGCCUUUGCCUGUCCCGUGCCCCUCCGCCUUCUCCGCCGCUCCAGCCGAGCACCCAGCCGUGGGGCUCGGCCGGGGGCAGAGCAACCCCUCUGGACCAAAAGGCGAGGGAGAAGCCCCCGUCCCCCCCCAACCCCGGGGCCGCCGAGCCCGGGGAGCGCCGACGUUGGGGGCCACCGGACAGCCGACCCGGACUCCUCCCGGGGCCCCUCCGGUGCGUUCACGGACCCGGCAGGCGCCUCGCGGGGAUGGGGGGGCACCGCCCCGUCCGCCGGGGUUCCGUUUCCAUCUCCCGGCCCCCUGCACCCCUCCCUCCUGCUUGCAGCUAGUCCACUCCGAGAGGCAGACAAGAGAACCUGACUUUCCUGGACCGGAACCAGUCUUUGGAGGUGCUCUCCCCGUCAGGCGGGAGACCGUGCGGGAGACCUGGGGAUAUGCAACAGGGGAGGGAGGCCCGCUUGGGGUUCCUCCUAGCCUCCCUCCCUUACACACCACACACCUCCCUUUCUGGGGCACCCAGAGAGACCCUAGGGAACCGGGCUGGGCCGACCGUCCCCUCACGGCCUCCUGCUGAGGCCGCGUCGUCGACCUCCGGCGCGCGACUCACGGCAGGGACCAAGGGACGGACGCAGUCCGAGGGGUCGGGGCCCGGGGGCCUCGUUCGGGGACGGGCCCAAAGACGAUCCCCAAGCUGGGCCGUUAUCUGUCUCUGCUGACGGACUCGCUCUCCGCUGGCGGCUCCUCUUUCCUCCCCACCCGACUCCCCUUCCUUGAGUUCUCCUGGCAUCGUUCGGGACCCCCGGGGCCCUACCCGCCCUCCCUGCGGACGGGCGACCCGAGUCUCCCCGGGGGCACGAAAACCUGGGGGCCGCUGGACUUUCGGAUGGGCGGCCCUCAGGCAUCCCCAGUCCCGAGAGGCCCGAGGCCGGGCACAACCGGGGCCGAUCGUCACGGCCUGUCCUGGGGAAAUAGCAAGAUCCUGACAUUUACGUCCCAUCUCUGCCACCCCUCCAAUCCUCAACACCCUUUGACCUUUAUCCUGACCACGCCCCUUCCCAGGUGUUUGAAUAAAGUACGUAGUGCAUCUGCCCCAUCCUCCCCCCAUGUAACGCAUUACUGCCCCCUCCCCUUAUUUAUCUGAGUAGCCCCUGACCCCCCCACCCCCGCCGCCCUCCCUUCCUCUUGCUCUCCCCUACUGCCCAGCCCAAUUAACUCUGCCUUCAGCGUACGGAAUAAUAAAAUUAAAGGUUUCAGUUACUCA